AUGGAGAAGUUCAAGGCAGCAAUGUUGCUGGGGAGUGUUGGAGAUGCACUCGGCUAUGGAAAUGUCUGCAGGGAGAACAGCGUCCUAGGCUCGAUCCAGGAGGAGCUGCAAAAGACAGGGGGACUGGACAGCCUGGUGCUCUCACCUGGAAGGUGGCCAGUGAGUGACAAUACCGUCAUGCACAUUGCAACCGCUGAGGCCCUUACCACAGACUACUGGUGCCUGGACGACCUGUACCGGGAGAUGGUAAAGCGAUACGUGGAGACAGUGGAGAAACUCUCAGAGCAUCGGCCAGACCCUUCUACUGUGGAGGGCUGCUCCCAGCUGAAGCCAGAUAACUACCUCCUAGCGUGGCACACGCCCUUCAGUGAAAAGGGUUCAGGGUUCGGGGCUGCCACCAAAGCAAUGUGCAUCGGAAUGCGGUACUGGAAGCCAGAACGGCUGGAGACCCUCAUUGAAGUCAGUGUCGAGUGCGGCAGGAUGACCCACAACCACCCUACAGGUUUCCUAGGGUCCCUGUGCACGGCACUGUUUGCCUCUUACGCACUACAGGGAAAGCCACUUGUGCAGUGGGGAAGAGAGAUGCUGAAGGUGCUUCCUCUGGCUGAGGAGUACUGUAGGAAGACCAUCCGGCACAUGGCAGAGUACCAAGAACACUGGUUUUACUUCGAAGCAAAAUGGCAGUUUUAUUUGGAGGAGAGAAAAAUCAGGGAAGACUCAGAAGACAAAGCCACCUUUCCCGACAACUAUGAUGCAGAGGAGAGAGACAAGACAUACAAGAAGUGGAGCUCAGAAGGCAGAGGGGGACGCCGCGGCCAUGACGCCCCAAUGAUAGCCUACGAUGCCCUUCUUGCUGCGGGAAGUGACUGGACCGAGCUGUGCCGUCGAGCCAUGUUCCACGGAGGAGAGAGCGGAGCGACAGGGACUAUCGCAGGCUGCCUGUUCGGGUUGCUGCACGGCCUGGCCACCGUCCCGCGGGGCUUGUACCAGGAACUGGAACACAAAGGCAGACUAGAGGAUUUGGGCGCCGCCCUGCACCGCCUGUCCACAGAAGAAAAUUCCGAGAGCCCCAGGAUCAGUUGUGAGACGGUAGCCAUGGAUGCGCAGACACUGAGGAAGAGAAUCGGCAGGACAUGCGACGAGGCAGCCCGUACCAUCCUCAACAGCCUACUGCUUUACAUCUUGGACCGUGCAGAUGGGCCCCAGAAGGUGGAAGACAGGACGCACAGAGCCAGCCGCCCUUCCCAGCUCCAGGAGGUAGGCCAGAGACCCACUCGGUUCCAGCUUCUACAGGCCAAGUUCAUGGGCACUGGCCGGGAGCCCCACCUCAAGAAAACCCGGGACGUGGGCCGGCUGAUCUCUAAAGACAGGCAAGGGCCUGGUAGGAGUUUCGUAAGUGCCACCAUCAACAAACUCCUGGAAAAGACCAAGGAAGGGGGCAGAAGUCCCAGUCAGAGGACCCCAGGCAGUGAGAAGCCCCGGUGGAGCCCCUCGAGUGGGAAGAGCACCGUGAAAAACAUCCUGAAGAAGUUCCUGGCUGCGGAAGAGAAGGAGGCUAAGGAGAAAGAAGCAGGUGAGAAGUCCCCUGCCCAGCGGCCUAGAGCUGCCAGGGGCCUCCUGCCAAGAAUCGUGGGCCGGAGCUCCAUCCUCUCCAAGCUGAGGGAAAGAUUCGAACAGAACAGCUGCCUGCACUCUGAGGCUGGAGUGCUGCCCCUGCACAGGGAAGGACUGAAGAGCCUGCAGAAGAGGAAAGUGCACAGGCCACAGGUGCGGGUGCUCCACGUGGCCACCAUGGCUACCAGCUGCACCAGAAUCCCCCCCGCCCGGUUUCUGGCCUGCACGGCUGAGCCCUUGCCAGCCCUGAACAUCGCUACCAUUGUCUGUGGGCCCCAGAGCUGGUUGUCGCAUUGUGCAAAACUUAGCCACUCAGAGUGCAGACGGUGGCCCACCGGGAGAGCCGACGUGUUCUCCAGCUCAGAAAACCUGGAGCCUAUUGGAAACAAAACCCAAGGCCUGGUGAAUGAGGAGCGCGAGGAACAUCCCAUGUCCUCAGUGCCCCAGGCAGUGGCUAACAUGGACAGUCACGUGGCUCUGAACAUGGACUCCUCUGGCACGUCUACCAAAGCCCAUGCUCCACCUGGCCAGGUACCAGUGUUGUCUUCACUUGGACUGAACAUCCCCAGAAGUACUGAGCCAGUCAGAAGGGACAGCACUGUGGAGCCCAAUACGCAAGAGGGGGCAGCUGACGCCCAGGGAGUGACCCCUGAAAUCGCCAUGACCAUGACCGUGAGCAGCUCUGAGGAUGAAGCUGAAAGGACCCCCUCAGGCUUGGAAAGAGAGCCCUUCUUUGCCAUCCAGAGUCACCUGCCAGAGCAGGAGGCCGUGACUCAGGUCCCCCUCCUGGCCCCCCUAGCAGUCCGGGCUGAGCGUCGAGCACAGCCCGCCAUCAAGCCUCCACAAAUCACAGUGCAGCUUCCUGUUGUUCACGAGAUGCCAGCCUCUCCUGGUCCUGAAGACAGAUGUUCCCCGGUUGUGAGAAGAGAGAUCGUGGCUGAAAAUGAGCCGGCGACAUCUUCCGCUGUGACCGAGGACAGGAGGGGUCCUCCAACCCCAACAAUGCAGAGUCAGCCCUGUGGGAUGCUCGUGAGUCUCCAUCCUGCAGCUCAGCACGAACUCGAGGAAGACCUAAGAGAUGGCUCCAACAGCAGCGUGGGCGGUGAUGCCUCACAGACGUUCCUAAUACCAAGUCCUUCUAAGAAGUUUCCUGGUGGAACAGAGGAAAAACAGAUCCCUGAGAAGUCACAUGACCUUAGGAAUUGCAGUGGUGACAGCCCUUCAAUGUACCCGACUGCUGGGAGAAGCCAUGUAGGAGUGGGCACCACUGGCGUCCAGCAGGGGGCAUCAACCACCGUGCUGGUGCCAAGCCAGAACUGCAUAAGGCCUGACGGUGCUAUGACACCGGGCAACAACAUCCAGUUUGGAAAGAAGGAGUGCCAAGGGCCCCGGAAUGAGUCAGCUCAACCAGCAAGCACCGCUCAGGAAAACAGCAGCCAUGAUCUGGGCAGCAACAGCCAGUCCACCUUAAAUAAUCAGCCUAUCGCAACUACCAAAGCCUCUGGGAAGGCGACAGGGACUGUCACUGAUCUCACAGUUUCACAGCCAAGUAGUACUCAGGACACUGAACUCAAGAUAACAGCAUGGCCGACUGGUACUCAGGAACUCAAGGGGAUACCACAUACCAGUGAUUCCAAGGAGGUUGAAUACAAGACGAUGCCACAGACAGGUGCCCAAGAUGUUAGACACAAGCGAAUGUCAUGGGCAAGUGGUACCCAGGACAAUGCACACCAGAUGGUACUACAGCCACAGGUUUCCCAGGAUGAGGAACCCGACAUAACGCCACAUCCUGCUGGUUCCCAGGAGCCUAGACACAAGGUAACACUGUGGCCAAGCGGUGCCCAGAAUAUUGACUUCAAGACAACACAGCAAGAUAGGACCCAAGACACUAAACUGACGAUACUGCGCCCAGGUGCUGCCCAGGACCCUGAACACAAGAUGCUGUCUCAGGCAAGUGACACCCAAGGUGCUGGACAAAGCACAACCAUGUGGGCAGGUGGUGCCCAAAACACUAGACAGAAGGCGUCAUCGCAGCCAGGUGGUGCCCAGGACACUAAAUACAAGACAGUGCAGCAAGCAGGUGGUACCCCAGACACUGUGCACAAGGUGACUGCACAGGCUGGCGAGGCCCAGGAUGGAGAAGAAAGUCCUGAAGAGGAGACAACACCGUGGUCAGGCAGCGUCCGGGACUAUAAAGACAAGAUGACACAAGGACCCUACAGCCAUCCUUUGACAUCAAGCAGGUCUUCAAAGCCAGAGAGUCGAGCCACUGAAGGAAGCAUCAUCGCGGAAGAGCUGGUGCGGAGCCGUCCCCUGAUGUCCGCGGCCCCAGCCGUUCAGCCGCAGGAAGCUGUGGAUUCUUGCCUGGUGUCUACUAAGUCUCCGCCAUGUGUUUCAAGUGAGCCACAAAACCAAGUCAAAGCGGUGGGAAGAGACCCUCUGUGCAAAAGCACAGCAUCUGCAGAGCCACAAAUGAAGCCAGCAGAGAAUCUGGACCACUCACCGCCGCCCUCGGUGGGUCCACAGGCACUGGACAGAAUGGAUUCUGAGAAAGAACAGCACCUCUCUAGGGCAGCACGCCCCCCUAUAAGGCUGGCCACAAAGGGAGAAACAAGGCAGGUGGAGCUGGUCCACAGCCCAGAGCCUCCUGUCCCCACCCAGAAGGCAGAGCAUAGGUCUGCCCCCCAGGCAAAAACCCUGCCAGGUGAAGCCAAAGAGAUUCUCCCAACACAGGGGGACAUGGGCAGGCCACAGAGACCGCUCGGAUCAGAGGAGACGGGUGCAGGAUGUGUACGGUUACACCAGACUGAACAGUCAGAUGUGCUGCAAAGUGUGGCACCCCCUCAGGCAUGGGCUUCUCAGGACCUAGUAGUGAAAGAAAAGACACCAGUGGAGGAGAAUCCCUGUCAGCACGGGGACAGGGCUCAGGAGCAUCCCUCCAGACCACCGAAGAGGCUGGGAAAGAGCCCAGCUCGGGGAGAGAGCCUCCAGGCUGGCGAGAAUCUAGCUACCCCAGGGAGCCCCGCAAAGCCCUGUGGACCGGCUAUGUGGGAACAGACCCAGAGCCAGGGACAGGCCAACCACCCAGUGUCUCCGGCCUGGGGACAACCUGACAGCACAGCCGAAGGAGUCCUGACUGCUGGCACAAGUGGUGAGCCCCCCAGACCGGGCCCCAUAUUUGGCAGUCAGCACCUGCCCCAAGGAAGCCAGACUCUGGCUAGUAGCAGGACCACAGUCGGCUCCCUGGAGAAUACGCACGAUGCUUCCUGGCUCACAUCUAAUGCCGGGGGUCACCCGCUCUGCCAAUUCCUUGACCAGGAUGGGCCCCCAAGUGCCCCUAGGGCAGAAAAGGGCCUAUCAGACCUUAAGCAUCCAAGGUCGGUGCACUUUGCAAAGUAUCGCGCCCAAAGCUUUCGGGACCAGAAGGCCUUUGAUCUGUCCUUCAGGCCCACGGUCCUCAGGGCCAGCGAUACCUUUGAGCCUCCCAAGUGA